GGUAAAAAGAACUUGUGAGGGGCUGAGAGAGGUACAGGGUGAGUCCAAUUAGUGGUCUUUGACUUUGGCCUCAGCAGACCCCACCAGGUUAUUAGAUUUACUGAUGUGUUUGUGGUUUGGUAAAGGGGGAUUUUGCUGAGUGCCAAGUUCUGUUAAGGAGGGGCUGGAGUCUGUAUCUUUUCCCAGCUUGUCCCCCUCUGCUGCCAAAUCCUAUUAUUAUGUUCCUGUCCUCUGGUAUAUUACUGCAGAAUAGAGAGGCAUCGGAGUUCAGAUGCCUUCUGGACCCCUCCUCACUCCAGCUCUGGGGUCUGGGAUAGAAAGUUUCUGAAGGGGAGCACAGCUGUGACCUCCCAGGCCAUGUUCCAGCUGGCCCAUGGAGGAGCAAUAACCUCUCCUUCCUGUGGAGAAUGUUUUUGGCUAAAUCUCCUCAACCCUGGCAGAACAUUUCUCCACCCAGUGGGGCCUGGAGAAGAUCAAGGAGAGACCAGAGCCUGGAAUCUCAGCUCCAAUCUGAGAUCCCAGUGCAAAUAAAAACUUCAAAUUGUGCCAAGCCAAUGAAAUACCUGAAUACUUGGUGCAUUGUCCUGCCUCUGCAUUGCUGUUUUUAUUUAUUUUAUUUGUACCCACUCUGAGCUAUGUUCCUAAUCCUUGCACCAGCUCUAUGUAAAACAGCUCAAUAGAGGUUGGUAGAGGGUGGGUGCAGGGGGUACAUCUGUAUCUUCUGCCCUGACUCCUAAGAAGAGAGAUGCCCUAAAGAAGUAGAUUUUCACCAUUUUAGGGAAUAUUUAUUUCUUUGAGAAUCUGAUUAAAUUUUACCCCCUGAAGCUCUUAAAUCCAGGUGAAGAAGUACUGCCCUAGAAGGAGGGCUUAAUUGUAAAUACUCCUCCUUCCUGGUUCCUGUACAUUCUGAGACUUCCCCUUUCCACCCGAUCCAGGCUGAAACCACCUCCAUAAUGCCACUCUCAGGAACCCCGGCACCCAACAAGAAGAGGAAAUCCAGCAAGCUGAUCAUGGAACUAACUAGAGGUGGGCAGGAGAGCUCAGGUCUGAACCUGGGCAAGAAGAUCAGUAUCCCAAGGGAUGUCAUGUUGGAGGAGCUGUCGCUGCUUACGAACCGGGGCUCCAAGAUGUUCAAACUGCGGCAGAUGCGGGUAGAGAAAUUUAUCUAUGAGAACCACCCUGAUGUCUUCUCUGACAGUUCAAUGGAUCACUUCCAGAGGUUCCUUCCAACGGUUGGGGGACAGCUGGGUACAGCUGGUCAGGGAUUUUCCUACAGCAAAGGCAGCGGCAGAGGCCAGGCAGGGGGUAGUGGCUCUGCCGGACAGUAUGGUUCUGACCAGAAGCACCAUCAGGGCCUUGGGUCUGGAUCAGGGGACACAGGUGGCCCCGGGGGCCAGGCUGGCAAAGGAGGAGCUGGCACAGCAGAAGUUGGCGAGACAGGAACAGGAGACCAGGCAGGUGGAGAAGGAAAACAUAUCACUGUGUUCAAGACUUAUAUCUCCCCAUGGGAACGAGCCAUGGGGGUUGACUCCCAGCAGAAAGUGGAACUUGGCAUUGACUUGCUGGCCUAUGGGGCCAAGGCUGAUCUCCCCAAAUACAAGUCCUUUAACAGGACGGCAAUGCCUUAUGGUGGAUAUGAGAAGGCCUCCAAACGCAUGACCUUCCAGAUGCCCAAGUUUGACUUAGGGCCCCUGCUGAGUGAACCUCUGGUCCUCUACAACCAGAACCUAUCCAACAGGCCUUCUUUCAACCGAACCCCUAUUCCCUGGCUGAGCUCCGGGGAGCCUGUAGACUACCACGUGGAUAUUGGCAUCCCCUUGGAUGGAGAAACAGAGGAGCUGUGAGGUGUUUCCUCUUCUACUUUGCAUCAAGUGUCCCCUCUCUGGUUCCACUUUGGAGAGGGAAUGCUGAGCAGGAUACCCUCAUUGUAAAUCCAGUAUCCUUGUGGGAAUGGAGGAAAAGGAGGAAAAAAAAAGGAGAGAUCUGCCCUUUCAUCCUUCACUCCUAGUCCCCAUUCCAAGCAUUCUUUCUCACCAAUUCAGAGCUCCCCUUCCACUUGCUCCAUAUGGAACCUGCUCUUUUAUGGAAUUUGCUCUGCCACUGGUAAAUAAACU